CCUUCAACUACAAUAGUGUUCACUGUCUUUAUUCUCUCUCUCUCUCUUUCCAUUCUUUGUUUGUUCUCUCUGACAUUGACAUUUUCUAAAAAUGGAGAGAAACCAUUCCCGCAGGCAGGUUGCUGCAAUGAAACAGUCCCUCUUUGAUCAGGGACAUCUGGAUGAGCAGUUUAUCCAACUGGAAGAAUUGCAAGAUGAUGCUAAUCCUAACUUUGUUGAGGAAAUUGUGACUCUUUACUACCGUGAUUCAUCUAGGCUUAUCUCAAACAUGGAGCAGACACUUGAGAGGAACCCAUUGGAUUUCAACAAGCUAGACACAAUCAUGCACCAGUUUAAAGGAAGCAGCUCAAGCAUUGGAGCCAAAAAGGUGAAAGCAGAAUGCACUCUGUUUAGGGAAUAUUGCAGGACAGGAAAUGCAGAAGGAUGUAGAAAGAGUUUCCAACAAAUGAAGAAAGAAUAUGCAGCACUGAGAAAGAAACUUGAAACUUAUUUUCAGCUAGCUAGGCAAGCUGGGACCAUGGAGACAGCAAGUCGCCCCAAGUAAAGAGCUUAUGGAUAUUCAUAAUGCAUGUGAUGAAGGCAAAUGUAAUUGGUGAAUUUUGUAACUUGAAAAAAAACAAAAAAUACAUAUUCACCACAAGAAUAUGAAUGGUAAUAUCAACCGUUUGGGGGAUAUUAUGAUUCCAAAUAUCAGUUUUGUUUUGAAAUGCUCUAUUAUUCUAUAGGAAUCUUGCUAUGGAGCUCUAUAGUUUGUACUACUACUUCUAUAUGUUACAUCAAAUUAUAA